CACCACUUUAACACUCAACUCUGGGUUUCCUUCCCCGCCGCCGUCCUGCGCCCGCAUCCAUGUUCCGAGAAUGAUUGUACGAUACAGACAUCUGCUGGCGACCAGUUUAGACUCUUUCCCUUGAGCCCAUCGCGAAUGCUGGAGCUCCGUCGAGUCUCUUACAAAUCCUACGAUGCCAGGUCUCCCAGCAACCGUCGACCUCGAUGAGUGUAUAUCAAGGCUUUACAAGAAGGAACUGUUGGCCGAGUCGGUUAUCGAGGCAAUAUGCGCCAAAACGAAAGAGCUGCUUAUGAAAGAGAGCAACGUGGUGCACAUCAAGGCUCCAGUUACCGUUGUUGGGGACAUCCACGGGCAGUUUUUUGAUAUGAUUGAGAUAUUCAAGAUCGGUGGACCGUGUCCAGAUACAAAUUAUCUCUUUCUCGGUGAUUAUGUCGAUCGCGGUCUCUUCUCUGUUGAAACGAUUUCCCUGCUUGUGUGUCUCAAGCUGCGGUAUCCCCACCGAGUCCACCUUAUCCGCGGCAACCAUGAGUCGCGCGGUGUCACACAAUCCUACGGCUUCUACACCGAAUGCUCCCGCAAAUACGGCAACGCAAAUGUGUGGCAUUAUUUUACCGACAUGUUCGACUUCUUAACCCUCUCCGUCGUCAUAAACGACCAGAUCUUCUGUGUCCAUGGCGGACUCUCACCCUCGAUACACUCAAUCGACCAGAUCAAGAUUAUAGACCGGUUCAGAGAGAUUCCGCAUGAAGGCCCGAUGGCAGAUCUUGUAUGGAGUGAUCCAGAUCCCGACAGAGACGAAUUUUCUCUCAGCCCGAGGGGGGCAGGGUACACCUUUGGGGCGCAGGUGGUCAAAAAGUUCCUCGAGGUCAACGCAAUGUCACAUAUACUACGUGCACAUCAGCUUUGUCAGGAGGGGUUCCAGGUGUUGUACGAUGAUCGAUUGAGUACAGUGUGGAGCGCCCCCAAUUACUGCUAUCGUUGUGGAAAUAUGGCGAGUGUGUUGGAGGUCAGUGAUACAGGGGAGCGAUUCUUUAACGUGUUCGACGCGAGUCCAGAGAACGAUUUACAUCGAGCGGAACAGCAACAGCAACAAGGAAAAGAGGUAACCACAGAGUACUUCUUAUAAUAGGACACUUGCGCAAUGCAUCUAUGAGGGAGAGGCGAAUCUUGGCAUAGAUGUGUUGGUGAUGACUGAAUAUCAUCAUAGCGCUUGUCGAGACGUCAGAAAUUACAGUUCAAAGGCGAUGUACAGCUUGGUUUCUAGUUAUA